CAGAUGAUUCAUGUCGUGCGUCUGAUGCUUCCCCUACUGCGGACCUGCCUCCUCCUAGCGAAUCUUCUAAAAGGAAUAAGAUCCACUCGUCAUGCUAACCCACAUUAUACUUUCUUGAGUUAUCAUCGUUUGUUAUCACCCCAUUAUGCUUUUGUAUCAUCUUUGUCCUGUAUUUCCAUCCCUAAGACUACAGGUGAAACACUUUCUCAUUCAGGAUGGAAACAUGCUAUGAUUGAUGAAAUGUCUGUUUUACAUACGAGUGGUACUUGGGAUCUUGUUUCCCUUCCUGCAGGUAAAUCUGUGGUUGGUUGCCGUUGGGUUUAUACAGUCAAAGUUGGUCUAGAUGGUCAGGUUGAUCGGCUGAAGGAUCGCCUUGUUGCCAAAGGGUAUACACAGAUAUUUGGGCUUGAUUAUAAUGACACUUGCUCUCCUGUGGCUAAAAUAACAUCUAUUCGUUUUUUUCUCUCUAUGGUUGUUGUUCGUCAUUGGCCUUUUUAUCAGUUGGACAUUAAAAAUGUUUUUCUGCUUGGUGAUCUUGAGGAAGAAGUCUAUAUGGAGCAACCACCUGGUUUUCUUGCUCAAGGGGAAUCUAGGAGCCUUGUAUGUCGAUUUCGCAAGUCACUCUAUGGUUUAAAGCAAUCCCCUCGAGCCUGGUUCGGAAAAUUUAGCACUGUGAUUCAGGAGUUUAGCAUGAUUCGUAGUGGAGCUGAUCAUUCAGUGUUUUAUCGCCAUUCUGAACCAAAUUUGUGUAUUUAUCUGGUUGUUUAUGUUGACGAUAUUGUUAUUACUGGCAAUGAUCAAGAGGGUAUCACUAACUUGAAGCAACGUCUCUUUCAACAUUUCCAGAUUAAAGACCUCGGCAGAUUGAAAUACUUUAUAGGUAUUGAGGUUGCACAGUCCAUAUCAGGUAUUGUUAUUUUUCAACGCAAGUAUGCUUUGGACAUUCUCAAGGAAACAGGAAUAAUGGGAUGUUAACUCAUUGACACUCUUAUAGAUCCAAAUGCUAAACUUCUGCCAGGACAGGGGGAGCCACUUAGUGAUCCUGGAAGAUAUAAGCGAUCUAAAAGAAAAUGAGCACCGAUCGGACAUGCAAUAGCUCCUUCUGGACCAAGGAGGAGGACAAAAUCUUUGAGACUACCCUAGCGAUCUACUUUAAGGGUGGUGAUCUAUUGACGAAGAUGGAAGAAGCACUUCCUUGGAAAUCGCGUGAUGAUAUCAUAAAUCACUAUAAAAUAUUAAUCGAGGAUGUUGAUGCCAUUGAGUUUGGACGAGUUCCAUUACCUAAUUAUCCAGAAUUGCCAAGCCAUUCAAACCAGAAAAACAGAUCUUCAAAAACAGAUCUAGCAUGGCGAAAAGGGGUUGCUUGGACAGUAGAGGAACACAGGUCAUUUCUCCGGGGGUUAGCUAUAUACGGACGAGGUGACUGGAGAAGUAUAGCCAGGCACUGUGUGAUAACAAGAACAUCAACGCAAGUGGCUAGCCAUGCCCAAAAGUACUUCAAUCAUCUCAAAGCCGUCAACAAAGAGAAUAGAAGAAUGAGCAUACACGAUGUAACUAUUGUGGAUGCUGAUAUCGCUGGAACUUCCCAAGUACCAUAUACUGAGGGCAUGAUUUUGCCUGCUUGUGGAGGUUCGCAAGCGGUGGCAAGCACUAGCAAUCAGAGCUUGUUACCUCAAGAAAGCACCAAUGCUGAGCAGAUGUUAGCAGUUGCUGGGGGAGAGUCCUCGGGUCAUAGUGCUGCAUUUGUCAGUGGAAUGAAUAGUAUGGAUCCUGAUGAGGAUGAUGAGUUCAUAAAACAUAUUGAUGACCUAAUCGUGGAUCCAGAGGACGCUAAUGAAUCUGAGUUCCUUGUUGAUGGUGGAAGGUCGCUAUUACCCAGCAAACAACCAUGUACUGCUGGUAGUAGUGGAACUAACAAUCAUCCGAUCUUUAUAGUUGGGAGUGACCUGGAAGCAUUAAUCACUAAGCAAAUGAACGAAGACUAUGAUUUCACUUUCAUUCUUGAUGAUGGGGAAGCACCAAUCUCUCAUGCAAUGCUGUCCAAUGCUUCUCAUAGUGGAAUGGCAAGUUUUGCAGUGGCUAGCAACAAUGCUUACAAUCCACCUCAGAACACGGUGUCUGCUCAUAGCAGAAUGACCAGCUUUGCAGCUGCUAGCAUCGGUCCUAACAAUGCACCUCAGAACAUGGUUGCUGAUCAUCCUCAAUCACCUCAUGUCGCCCCCUGAUCUAACUGUGUUGUCGGAGAAUGGCCCCAAUUUAAAUACUACAAUUGAUGAUGAAAGCAUCUGUGAUUUGGACGACCUGUUCACAGAUCAGAUGUUCCUGAAUUGGUGAAACAGAAGUUGUUAAUGUUGAUAUUAGUUUGUCUUAGCCAGAUAGGCUGCUCUUUGUUUUUCACAAGUUCUUGUAAACAACUCUUUGUUUGUUUGCAGUUUUUUGUUUGUUUUAGCCAAAACCUCUUACAAGCUAAAGGUUCAGACUAGAAUCAAUUGCUACUAAAAUUUAUUUCUA